UUCAGCAGUAUAUAAGGUGGUCCAGCAGGGCAACCAGCAGUGACGACCCAUCAUGGCCUCUCUCCUGAGCUCUCUUAGCCUCCUGCUGGUGGUGGUGGUGGCGGGCGCCAGCGCCCUCCCCGCUAACUCCUCCAAGCCCAUCCAUCCUGAGCCUCGUGUGCAGUUCGACUCGAAUUGCCGCUGCGGACAGAAGGCAGCCGCCCGUAUCGUGGGGGGCCAGGUGACGGGUGUGAACGAGUACCCGUGGAUGGCCGGCCUCUUCUACUUCAACCAGCAGCAGUUCUGUGGCGGCUCACUCAUCAAUGACCGCUACGUGCUGACUGCCGCCCACUGCACUGUCGAUUUUCGUGCUGCGGAAAUCACGGUGAGGUUGGCUGAGCACGAUCUCCGCACCAACUCCGAGAGCACCGUCAUCACUCGCUCCGUGGCCCAGAUCAUCAACCACCCCAACUACCAGGCCGGCACUGAGAGGAACGACAUUGCCCUGCUCAAGCUCUCCUCCCCAGUGGACGUGUCGUCGACGGUGAUGCCCGUGUGCAUGCCGCCACCACUCCCGAAGUAUGGCGGCAAGAGGGCCACGGUGACGGGCUGGGGCACCCUCUCCUCAGGCGGCUCCUCCUCCAACGUGCUGCGUGAGGUCGAAGUUAACGUGCUGAGCAACAAUGCGUGUCUGGAGAGCUAUGGCAGCGGCAACAUCAUCUCUUCCAUGAUAUGCGCCAGUGACGCCGGAAGGGACUCCUGCCAGGGUGACUCAGGCGGCCCGCUGGUCUUCAAGGACGCUGGCAAUAACUAUGACCAGAUCGGUGUUGUCAGCUGGGGCAUUGGGUGUGCGCAGGCAGAGUACCCCGGGGUGUACACUCGCGUCAACAGCUACCUGGACUGGAUCAGGUCAAACACCGAGGACGGCAUUUACUGCAAGGGGAUGAAUCUGUAAAGACCACACUUGAAGGCAUGUCACCACUAAACCAGACCUCUUAACUACCUCAAGAGACUGUGGUGCAGAGGGUGGAGUGACAAUAGGAACAAUACCGAGACUUAUACAAUGAAGACACAAUGAAGAGCUUCCCAGCAGUCACCAUUCAUUAUAGUACAGCCAUGGUGACACCUGAAGGCUCGUCCACACUCAGCCAAGCCUCCCUACUACCUUAAGAGUGAUGUUUGGCAGAGUGAGAUAACAACAAUAUGGAGCCUGGUGAACACUAUAAAGAACUUUCCAGCAGUCACCAUUCACCAUAGAACAGCCAUGGUGACACAACACUCCACCAGACCUUUACUACCUCAGGGAAUAGUGUGACUGAUGGUGAUGGUGACAAGAACAACUCAACAGCAUGAAAUAGAGGAAUAUGAAAGCUGUGGUACUGAUAAAACAAGCUCUUCUGUGAUAGCCGUUCAACAUAAAACAUCUUCCGGUGCUGAGCCAGACAGGAACAACGCAGCACUUAGGUUACAGCAAGUUCAGUUUUCAGUUGUCUCCACUAUUGUAAACUUCCACCUAUUUACCACAGUCCUAUUAAUAAAGUGAAUGAUACAA